AGGCAGUUCACUCAUCUACUACUCCUGGACCGAAGGUUCCAGGGGAGGCAACGAAAACAGGCACCUCCAUAGUUGACACCGCCACCUCCGCCGUGCAAAGUUUUGCUCCGGUUAACCAAAUCCACCAACAUCUCUGCGCAUGAGUAUGUGGAUGUCCUGAGUAUGUUGUGAAUUCUGGUUUUGGAAUUGGUUCGGUCGAGUUCUUGAGUUUCGAUGGCACAAAUCUCUCACUGUAAAAGGUUCCAUUUCUAUGCUUACGACAUGACACGACAAGUGGAGGCUCACCAUUUCUGCAGUCACGUGAACGAAGAGAUGCGUCAAUGUCUGAUCUACGACGGUCCGGAUGCAAACGCUCGUCUGAUCGGAUUGGAGUACAUCGUAACAGAGAAAUUGUUCAUGACUUUGCCUGACGAAGAGAAGAAACUUUGGCACACGCACGAGUGGGAAGUGAAAGGAGGGUUCUUGUUCAUGCCUGGUGUUCCUGGUCCCAUUCAGCGUCAAGAUCUUGACAAAGUCGCCAAGACUUAUGGAAAAGUUUUCCAUUUUUGGCAAGUUGAUUUGGGCCAUGAUCUUCCCAUUGGCUUACCUAAUGUCAUGAUGGCCGUUACCCGCGAUGGCCAACUUUUCCACGAGAUGAUUCAGGAGACAGAAAAGCGGUUUGGGGUAUCGAUCGAGGGAGAGAGGGAGGCCAGGGCGUACAUGUCAGGGCCAGAGCUCGGGAUCCAUCCAUUGGCGAAUGGAGGAGGUAAAGGGCUAAAACUAGAGUUGCGAGAGGUCGAUAUCAAGUCGGUUGAGUCUGUCGCAGAAGCCGUUGUCUGAGUUUAGUUAGACCUUUAAUGUCAAAUAAUGCCAUAAAUCAAGCAACUUAUGUUUUGGAUAACAGUCAUAAGACUUAUAGUUUGUCUUUUUUAAUAUA